CGCGCCCCCUCCCGGCCGCCAUGUUGGUUGGUGUGUGGGUGUCAAAGGGAGGCAGACGCGGCGGCGGCGGCGGCGGCUGCGGCUCCGCGGGCUCCGGUGGCUCCCGCUUGCCUUCCCAGCGCUACGGGCGGCAGCAGCAGCGCACACGCCCCGGCCCGGAGGAGCGGAGGCUUGGUGCUAGGUGCUGGGGACUUGCUGUGAACAAGACAGAUGGGGACCACCAAGCGCUUGGACCAGAGCCCGGCGUUGGAGACGUGGACCUCACUGUAGAGGACAUAACCAUGACGACUUCGUCCAUCAGACGGCAGAUGAAGAACAUUGUGAACAAUUACUCCGAGGCCGAAAUCAAAGUCCGGGAAGCCACCUCCAAUGACCCGUGGGGCCCGUCCAGCUCGCUGAUGACUGAGAUCGCCGACCUGACCUACAACGUGGUGGCCUUCUCCGAGAUCAUGAGCAUGGUGUGGAAGCGGCUCAACGACCACGGCAAGAACUGGCGGCACGUGUACAAGGCGCUGACGCUGCUGGACUACCUCAUCAAGACGGGCUCUGAGCGGGUGGCCCAGCAGUGCCGGGAGAACAUCUUCGCCAUCCAGACCCUGAAGGACUUCCAGUACAUCGACCGCGACGGCAAGGACCAGGGCGUGAACGUGCGCGAGAAGUCCAAGCAGCUGGUGGCCCUGCUCAAGGACGAGGAGCGGCUGAAGGCUGAGAGGGCCCAGGCCCUCAAAACCAAAGAGCGCAUGGCCCAGGUGGCCACCGGCAUGGGCAGCAACCAGAUCACCUUUGGCCGCGGCUCCAGCCAGCCCAACCUCUCCACCAGCUACUCAGAGCAGGAGUACGGCAAGGCCGGGGGCUCGCCGGCCUCCUACCAUGGCUCGCCCGAGGCCUCGCUGUGCCCCCAGCACCGCACAGGGGCCCCGCUGGGUCAGAGCGAGGAGCUGCAGCCGCUGAGCCAGCGCCACCCUUUCCUGCCGCACCUGGGGCUGGCCUCCCGCCCAAGUGGCGACUGGUCCCAGCCCUGCCUCACUUGUGACCGCGCAGCCCGAGCCACCUCCCCGCGGGUGUCCUCUGAGCUGGAGCAAGCCCGGCCCCAGACGAGCGGAGAAGAAGAGCUUCAGCUACAGCUGGCACUCGCCAUGAGCAGAGAAGUGGCCGAGCAGGAAGAGCGCCUGAGGCGGGGCGAUGACCUCAGACUGCAGAUGGCCCUCGAGGAAAGCCGGAGAGACACAGUUAAAGUUCCUAAGAGGAAAGAGCACGGCUCCCGUCCGCCACAGACCCCUCUGCUGGACCUGCUGGACGCCCUCCCCAGCUCAGGCCCCGCCACCCAGAAGUCAGAACCCUGGGCCCCAGCGGCUGCUGCUAACCAGACCAACCCCUGGGGCGGGCCCGCGGCCCCCACCAGCACCUCGGAGCCCUGGCCGUCAUUCGGUGCCAAGCCAGCUGCUUCUGUCGACCCGUGGGGAGUGCCCACCGGAACCAGCGCACACACUGUCCCCAAGAGCUCAGACCCCUGGGCGGCUUCGCAGCAGCCAGCUUCCGGUGCCGGGAAGACAGCUGAUGCCUGGGGUGCGGCCUCAGCCACCAAGCCCAUGUCUGCUUCUGGGUCCUUUGAGCUCUUCAGUAACUUGAAUGGUACAGUUAAAGACGACUUCUCCGAAUUUGACAACCUCCGAACUUCAAAAAAAGCAGCCGAGCCUGCGGCCCCCCCGCCUUCUCAAAACAACGGCACUACGAGCCCCGACCCCUUCGAGUCUCAGCCCCUGCCCGGCACCUCCAGUAAGCCCAGCAGUGCCCGGAAAACGCCCGAGUCCUUCCUGGGCCCUAAUGCAGCCCUGGUGAACCUGGACUCCCUGGUGACCAGGCCCACACCGCCAGCCCAGUCCCUCAACCCUUUCCUGGCGCCAGGUGCGGCCGCCACCUCGGCCCCUGUCAACCCGUUCCAGGUGAACCAGCCCCAGCCGCUGACACUGAACCAGCUGCGCGGGAGCCCCGUCCUCGGGAGCAGCGCGGCCUUCGGGCCUGGCCCCGGGCCGGAGCCCCUGCCUGUGGCCCCCGUGACCUCCACAGCCCCACACCCCGCUCUGGGGGCCGGGGGCCCCUCCCUGACACCGCUGGGCCCUGCAGCCAUGAACACGAUGGGCAGCGUGGGCCUCCCCUCGUCGACAGCCCAGGCCUCCGGCACCACCAACCCUUUCCUUCUCUAGCACCUGGCCUGGGACUGGCCAGAGGGUGCUGAGCUGGGUUGCUGUUCUGUGGGACGAUGUCUGAGGGGUGGGGGUGGGGCAGGGUGGGUCUGGCUUCCCUGCAGCCCCCACCCUCACUGUCCAAGGCAUGUGGGCCCCCCCGCCCCCUGUCCUCAGCCUGACCGGCUCUCACCACUCCCUCCCGAAUGCUCAGGUCCUGGCUGGGCUCUGAGGCCCAGGACAAGGAGGCGGGCACGGGGGUGCGGCCCUCGCCCCAGCCUGAGCCAGUGGGCCUGCCUGGCAACUCGGGACAGCCACCUCGUCCUCCACCCCCGGCCCCAGGGGCAGCCCAGGCAGUCCCAGCGUGGACGGAUGAUGCGCUGGCCCCAUAGACACCCUGCUGGGGAAGGGGUGGCGCCUGGGUCGUUUUCCUUUGACUCUGUGUGAGUUCAAAGCAAGCAGCAGCACCGUGGACAACUCUCGACGUAAACCCACUAGCGCGAGCUUUCACACUAACCUGAGCAUAACCCUGCCACGUCGGUUCUCUGCUUGUAUCUGUUUGCACAUAAUCUGUUUAGUACAGUUUCAUAUUUGAGUUUGCAGAAUUAUCUAAUAGUCUUUUUUUGGCUAAUAUUUUUAUAACGUGGUUCUUAUUUAACUGUCUAGUUUUGAUAGAACUGACCAAGUCUGGCUGAAUUAAGAUGUUGGCACGUGUCGUUUAGUGGUUUAAAUCCUCUUAUUUAUGGUUUUAACUCUGUGUGAGAAGUUGAGAAGGAAGAGCUCUUCGGAUGACAAAAAUGCCUUAUGGAGAAACUACAGCAAAACUGUUGAUAGGAAAAAAUAGGGGAAUUUGAUUACACAUGAAAGAUGUUUAUUUAAAAGAAAAAUUCCAACAACAAAAAUCCUAGCCUCCGGCUGCCUUUUCCUUUCAACUCCCCCUUUUUGGUGAAUUGCUGAACCCACCGACUCCCAGAGAGGCUAUUUUUACUGAUAAACCAACAUCCUCAAAGUUAAAAGGAAAACGCUAAUGUAUGAAUGUGACUCACCAGUUUUUAUCGACUAAUUCCUUUUUUUAAAUUAAGUAGGCCUGCAGGGAUUAAGAAGGACUUGUGUUUACAGUGGAAUUGGAAGUGGAAGAGCGUCCUCCGCCCGGCCCCCACGCAGGUGCAGGGGGUGGUCCCACGUGGGGGUGUGCGCUAUGCAUGCAGUCCCAGGGGGCCCAGUCCCCAGGUGGAGGCGGGGCCGAGGGACCAGGGCUGGCCCGGGCCACCUGCCUGCUAACCCCAGACGCGUGCGCAGGCUGCGUCGUCUCUGUUUGGAGAUGAAAUUAAAAAAAAAAAAAAACACAAGAUCCGCACGUGGGACAGUGGGGUAGCAGUGGGGUAGAUUUUGAACAGACGUGCACUAAGACUGCCACCCUCUCCUGAGGUCCUACUGUCCCCCCCCCCCCACACGGGUAAUAAAGUAUUAAGUGCAAGUGAAAGGCCAGGAAGGACUUGCUCCUCCCCAAGGAAGGGCCAGCCCGCCUCCGUGUUGGGGGGCCGGGUGGCCGGCCUGGCAGGUGCUCCUGGCUCUCUUCUAACCUGCUCUGAGGACAGCUGAACGCUGGCCAGCACUUCUCUGGAUCCAGAAGGAGAGGCGCCAUUAGCACCGGCUCCCAGAGGUUUGUGGUGGUCCCUGGGCUGCCCGCUCAGGCCCUCUCCCCGUGUCCUGUUUGAAGAGCCCAGCCCCCUACCCCUGCGUCCCUGGGGCUGGGGCUGCAGCAAGGCUGUCUGGGGCUGCCCGUCCAGAGCUGCUGCAGGACGCCUGCUGGGAAGGUGCUUCCCCUCACAUGGUGCGCGGCCCGGGCCAGCCUUACGCCUCUGACUCCGCUGCUGGGGGUCGGGGAUCCUUUGGUCCCAGAUGAGCCCUUCCUGAUGUGAGAUAGCCACGAGUCACCAGGGCUCAGGAAGACGGUCCCAGCCCCACCUGGCAGGCGUCCCAAGCACCCAGUGUCCCAUUGCCCACUGCACUGAUCAUGAAGCCGCCAGCCACUGCCACGCAUGUUGCUCACGUGCCGUGCCCCCUCCCUCCCGACGGGCACCCCAGUGCGAGACGUCACCCAGCUGUGUCUCAGUCCCAGGGGCCGGUGGCUGGUUUGGAAUUUGUGUUGACUGUUGAUAUUUACUGUAUAAAUAUAAUUUAUCAUUUGUAUCAUGA